GGAAAAUCUGUGUCACAAUUCCGACGAAACGAGCUGCGACACGUUGGGCCUGGCUGAGCUGGGACGAAUGUGUAUGCCAGGAUCCUCUUGUGCCAUUGUUCAAGACAAUGGCCUGGCUGCUGCGUUCACAAUUGCUCAUGAGAUUGGUCAUGUGCUGAGCAUGCCCCACGACGACGACGUGAAGUGUUCAUCUUUCAGAAAUCGCUCUGGCGUGCACAACAUAAUGUCAAGAAUGCUGGAUGACAACACUUUCCCCUGGGAAUGGUCAAAAUGUUCCCGACACUAUGUCACCGAGUUCCUUGAGGCCGGAAACGGAAACUGUCUGCUGGACAGGCCGGAUAACAUAAUGCUGCGAGAUGACCCGAGCAGACUCCCAGGCGAGGAUUACACGGUGAACAAGCAGUGCGAGCUGGUAUUCGGCAACGGAUCUAGGAUCUGCUCUCACAUGGUGGGUGAUGUGUGCAGGAGACUGUGGUGCACCACACCGAACGGAGACCAUUACGAUCAGUGUCGUACCCAGCACAUGCCGUGGGCUGAUGGAACCGCCUGCGACCGAGACAAAUGGUGUCAUCGAGGCGAAUGCGUCUCCCGUAGAAAUCUCAAGCCAGUGGAUGGCCAAUGGGGCGAGUGGGGACAAUAUGGGAAAUGCUCGAGAACCUGCGGCGGUGGUAUCAAGAAAAGGUUCCGCGAAUGCAAUAAUCCACCCCCGCAGAACAACGGCCGUUACUGUAUCGGCGAUCGAGUGAAAUAUCGCAGCUGUGGCACCAAGGAAUGUCCACCGGGAAGCCCCGAUUUCAGUAUCGCCGCAGGACCGUUGUAAAUUGUACUGCCAAGUGGAAAGCAAUCAAUAUUACAUGCUGGCGGAAAAGGUGAUCGACGGAACACCAUGCGGCCGAGAUACCUUUCACAUAUGCGUGAACGGCCACUGUAAACCAGCGGGAUGCGAUCACGUUUUAAACUCAACGGUGGAACUCGAUAUCUGCGGCGUAUGCGGAGGCGACAAUUCCACCUGCCAGUGGAUCACCGGCUCUUACAACUCCACCCAGUACGGCUACACCAGAGUCGCCAAGAUCCCAGCGGGUAGCAACAACAUUGACAUCAGGCAGCACGCUUGGAAGGACAUGGUAGACGACAGCAAUUACCUCGCUUUGCGACUUGGAGAAAAUGGAAAGUACAUACUGAAUGGGAACUUCAGGGUGAUGACCCAAAGGGUGAUCGUCGAAAAUGGCGUCACCAUCGAGUACAGUGGACCUGAAUCAGUUGUGGAACGUCUGAAUACUUCCAGACCAAUUGAAACUGACUUAAUUCUAGAAGUACUGUCAGUAACGGAAUCAAAUCCGCCUCAAAUCAGUUAUGAAUACACGGUACCGAGGGACAUUUUAGAGAGCUACAAAUGGAAAUUAAGUAAUUGGUCAAACUGCAGUCUCACUUGUCAAGGUAUGAAGUAUCGCAAGGCUGAGUGUAGAAGUAUCGAGUACGAAGAGGUCGUCGCCGAUGAUUAUUGUCGCGAGUCAGAAAGACCACGAGAAGAGAGUCAAAUGUGCAAUAAUUAUUGUAUAUUAGAAUGGAAUAUCACUGAAAUCUCUGAAUGCUCGAACCACUGUGGUCCAGGAACUCGCAUGGUCACUUCUAGAUGUAUACAAAGGCUGUUGAACUCGAAUCAUCCACCUCGUCCAAUUCCAGCGCAACUGUGCGCUCAUCUUAAACGACCAAACGAUACGAUACCUUGCAUGGGUCCAUGUGAAGAUGCCCACUGGCAUUACGGGAAAUGGAGCGCUUGCAAUACCACAUGCAGAGGUGGAAUUCAAUAUAGGACAGCUAUCUGCGUAGACUCGAAUCGGAGACAGAUUUCUGAAGAGAACUGCAUAGGACAGAAGAAAGAUUUGGAAAGGACAUGUGGAAACGAAGAAUGUCCCAAAUGGGAAUUCAAGAACUGGAGUCAUUGCUCAGUAACAUGUGGUAUAGGGAAGAGACACAGACAUUUCGUGUGUCAGAUACAGAACCGCGUUGUUUUAAACAGUUACUGCGGUGACACCCCUCCUAUUGAUACUGAGGUUUGCAAUCCUGGCCCUUGUGAACAAUGGCACACUGGUGAUUGGAGCCCGUGUUCAGUUACAUGUGGUGAAGGCACAAAGCGACGAAAAGUUAUAUGCAAGUCAGUUGAUGGGAUAAUCAGUGACAAAUGUUCCUCGUCCAAUAAACCAGACAAUACUACUAUCUGUGAGCUAAAGCCUUGUCCAGUGAUAAACAAAACGCCGAUCAAAUAUUCCUCUGAUCCACCAUAUGAAAUUCCUUCUCAGCAAGAUAAUGAAAUUCAUGACAUAAUCUUCCGUUAUGGAUAUAAAUGGCAUGUUCAAACACAGGAAAUGUGCUCCAGACCAUGUAUCAAAGGUUAUAGGAACGUAAGGGUAAAAUGUGUUUCCAUUGAAACAGGAGUCAUUGCACCUGAUAGUUAUUGUGACAAUGAGAAGAAACCACAUACUGAGAUUCCUUGUAAUCAUUAUCGCUGUCCAAGGUGGAUUUACAGUGAAUGGACCCAGUGCAACGUAGAAUGCGGACUAGGACAUCAAUAUCGACAAGUACGUUGUCAAAGUCCACGUGGUGAAAUUUUAUCAGACGAGAACUGCCAUGACAUGGAAAAGUCGGAAAUAGUGAAAACAUGCCGAAAGAAGCCGUGUAAUGUUCCCGUGGACCGAAAGAAUCGAAUGGAAACAAAUAUUCUGCGCAGAUGGAAACCUUCAGACUGGAGUACCUGUUCGAAAUCGUGCGGUACCGGACAUCAAAGGCGAAAAGUGGAGUGCACAAUGAGAAGAGGAAACCACGGGCCGGAAAUGACUGUAAAGGACGAGCAGUGCUCGAAGCUUGGUCUGAGAAAGCCGAAAACGCAGAGGCCCUGCCGACGUAUUGCCUGCAACUUUAUUUGGCAAGAAGGACCUUGGUCUGAGUGUUCGAAAAAAUGUGGCGAAGGAAUUCAACGGCGAUUGGUGACCUGCCACCGUGUCAAUCGUUACGGAUUGAUCGAUCAUAUGCCCAGUGAUAAAUGCCCGAUGGAUCAGAAGCCUAAAUCUCAACAGUCUUGCAAAUUACGAGAAUGCGACGAUAAGUAUUACUGGCGUGCUGAUCCGUGGAAGAAGUGCAGUCACACUUGUGGCACGAAGGGUCGCAAAACACGAAGGCUGUACUGCGUGACCGCAGGCGGUAAGAAAGUGAACCGUUUCUACUGUUCUAAAAAGUUCAAACCGUCUCGGAGGGAAAAAUGCAAUGAAAGGAAGUGUUACGCGAUGUCUUGCUACGAGGCGAAAACCUACUUCAAUGCCACCAAGGAUGGCGAGUAUACUUUAGUCAUGGCUGGGAGAAACAUGUCGAUUUAUUGCCAUGGAAUGUCGACUUCUCAACCAAAGGAAUAUUUAACGCUGCCAGCUGGCCCCGAAGAGAAUUACGCGGAAAUAAAUGAUCAAAGAUUGAACGAUCCUUAUAUUUGUCCGUAUAGUGGACCGAGGAACAGCAAUUGUAAUUGUUCCACUAUCGGGAAGACAACGUUCAGGAGGGUACGAAUUGAUCCUAUAGAAUUGUCUGUCAUAGAGAAUGAUUAUACAUUUUCGCGGAUGACAGGGUCAAAUCGUGUCGAAUAUGGCACGGCUGGUGACUGUAAUAGCAUUGCACACUGUCCUCAGGGUCGUUUUAGUAUUAACUUAAGAGGCACUCAAUUACAAUUAUCGUCCAGUGUUGUUUGGACGUCAACACAUGGAACAUCGAAAGAGAUCAAUAAUAUUGUAAGUGUAUCAUUCUAUUUACUCGUCCAUUUAAAAGGACAUGUCAUAUAUUUGUACAUGAUAUUUUAUUUGUUAUUCAUUUAUAUAUAACUACGUCUGUAAUUUCAGAGCAGCCAGCAUGUCAUCGGGAAAUGUGGAGGCUAUUGUGGCUUUUGCAAGCCGAAGAACGGAUUAAAACUAGAUGUUUUGCCACCC